AUGCGGUCGUCCAUACUAUCGCCUUUUGUCUACCUGACAACUCUCCUUACCUUUCUAUCCGGCGCUUCAGCCAUCCGUUUAAUCGAAUCUAAAUCCCUCAACUCUUGCCAGAGCAAUUCGAGUUUCACAGCCAGCUUGUUCGAUGUCAUCUUUACGCCUGAUAACAGAACUUUCACCUUCGAUAUUGUCGGUGUCUCGUCCAUUCAAGGAAAUGUUUCCUUCGGUAUCGAAGUCACGGCAUAUGGUCUGUCCGUGGUCAAGAAGACCUUUGAUCCAUGUACCAUUGAGGAUAUGACGGGAUUGUGCCCCAUGGCAACUGGACAAAUCGAUAUUAAAUCCAAUAUUCAGCUCGAGCAGGACAUUAUCAACCAGAUCCCAGGUAUCGCAUAUGGCGUUCCUGAUUUAGACGCAACCGUCAAAAUUCACAUCAACGCAACAUCCAAUCCGUUGGUCAGUCUUGCCUGUGUGGAGGCUGACCUUUCGAACGGUCAAACUGUCGACCAAAAAGGUGUCGGAUGGACAACUGCAGUCAUCGCGGGUUUGGCACUGGUCGCUUCUGCCGUUACUUCUGGUUUGGGUCACUCCAACACAGCUGCUCACGUUGCUGCAAACGCUCUAUCCCUCUUUGGUUAUUUCCAGGCUCAAGCCAUGUUUGGCAUGACUGCGGUAUCUAUGCCUCCGAUUGUCCAAGCCUGGACCCAGAACUUCGACUGGACUAUGGGUAUUAUCGAGGUUAAUUUCAUGCAAGACAUUGCAACCUGGUAUCAAAAGUCUACAGGAGGAACUCCAGACACCCUUUUCAAUACCCUGACGACAACCUCCGUACGAGUCGAAAAGCGAUCCGUCGGCAUGCAAUUCGCAAAGAGAUCAGUUGAUCAAACCAUCAAUCUUCUUACACGUGCUCACCAACUUCACACUCGAAGCAACAACGCCGGAACGGAUACUGUAACCGGAACAUCUAUUGUUCGAGGAAUCAAGCGUGUUGCGUUCAGAGCCGGUAUCGAAGCUACCAACAUUUUCCUAACUGGUCUAGCUUUCUUUUGUAUCUUUAUCGUUUUCACCAUCUUAUUCGUAGCUCUGUUCAAAGGUUUCUGCGAACUCGCUGUCAAGAUGAAGUGGAUGAAGAGCGACAAGUUCCAGGAUUUCCGAAAUGGAUGGUUCACUGUUCUCAAGGGCAUCAUGUUCAGAAUGGUCCUCAUUGGUUACCCACAAAUGACCGUCCUUUGCUUGUGGGAGUUUACUCAGGUCGACUCUCCUGCUGAGGUUGUGCUUGCCAUCUUUUUCUUCUUCGGUAUGACCGGAACACUUGCAUGGGCAGCCAUGAAAGUUAUUCGACUUGCCAAAAGAUCCGUCGAGAUGCACAAAAACCCGGCUUAUAUCCUCUACUCCGACCCUGCAGCUCUCAACAAAUGGGGUUUCCUCUAUGUUCAAUUCAGGGCUACCGCUUAUUACUUUAUCCUUCCAACUCUAGUUUAUAUUCUUGUUAAGGGAAUGUUCAUUGCCUUUGGUCAAGGAAAUGGAACCGUUCAAGCUAUUGCACUUCUCCUUAUUGAGGCAAUUGCUCUGAUUGGCGCGAGUGUUAUUCGGCCAUGGAUGGACAAGAGCACAAACACCUUCAACAUCUCUAUCUGCGCCAUCAACUUCUUGAACACCAUCUUCCUUUUGGUAUUUACCGAGAUCUUCAACCAACCUGGUAUGGUCACUGGUAUCAUGGGUGUCAUCUUCUUCGUCAUCAACGCCGCCUUCUCACUGGUUCUCCUUAUCCUUGUCUUGAUCGCCACUAUUUACGCCUUCAUCCGCAAGAACCCUGAUACUCGUUAUCAACCAAUGAGUGACGACCGUGCAUCAUUCAUCAAGUCGCAAACAGCUCUCAACACUGAGCUUGAUGCCCUAGGAGUUACUGCUCGUGGGGACACCAAGGGAGGAUACAAGCACAACCUCGAUCUAGACGAUGACAAUGAUUCUUGGUCAUCAGACUCGAUGAGACACCCAGCCAACAUGCCACUUCCACCAUCAACGGCUAAUUCCGGAGCCAACAAUUACAGAGAACCUCCUCACUCACCCAUUGACCCUUCGAUGCCACUGUUCCCAGCGGGCACAAGAGGUUCGCCUCCAAACUAUCAAGACAGAUCAGCGAAUGUUUCGCCUUCUCCAGCUCCAUACAGAGAUAACCAUUCGACGGCGAGCCUGUCACAAAAUUAUCAACCGCAAAGCAACAACGGCCCUGCAUUCAGAGCCCAGAACAAUUCUAGUCCAUGGCAACGUGGAGCUGGUUACGAUCAUUAA